AUGUUUAGCGCAAAAACGCGUGGACGCACCGGCAAACCGGGUGCACAGUUGUCUUCUGCAGUGCCGGCACUGCUUGCUGUAACCGUUGGGACCGAGGAAACAGAUGGCCUGAAACGAUUGAGACACACAGCUGCUGCUAAUGACAUUAAUCUGGAAAUAUUCGGACUUGGUGAGCAAUGGCACGGAGGUGAUACACGCAUCGAACAGGUUUCUGUUCUUCUGAGACGAAAUUUCUAA